GGGAGGGGCUCACUUAAAUACACUGCAGCAUCCAGUAGGAUCCAUCUUUCAGCAUUCUGUGAUCUUGUCUGCGGCUCUGCCCUGCCCCGCCCCACCCCCCCCUUCUGUCCUCGCUCUCCUUGCUAAGGCCACAUCCCAGUCGGCCGGUCUGAGGGCAGAGCAUUCAGGAAAGUCCAGCAGCCCGCACGCGCUCGGAUACGCACGCAGACGACCGCUCGAGCCCACCAGUCCGAGAGACCCAGCCUGCGCUCGUCGGCCCCGGAGGAUGGACGCGCUGAAGAAAGGCUUUUCCAUAGCGAAGGAGGGAGUGGUGGCCGCCGCUGAGAAGACCAAGGCCGGGGUGGAGGAGGCGGCCGCCAAAACCAAGGAGGGAGUCAUGUACGUUGGUACGAAGACCAAAGAAGGGGUUGUCUCCAGCGUAAACACCGUUGCCCAAAAAACAGCCGAACAGGCGAACGUUGUGGGCGAAGCAGCGGUCUCGAGCGCUAACCAAGUGUCCCAGAAAACAGUGGAGGGAGUGGAGAACGUGGUCGUCUCCGCCGGACUAGUCAACCCGGACGAAGCUGCCGAUCAGAAGGACCUCUCUCCACCUGAAGGAGCAGCCGAGCCAGCCGGGGAUGCAGUCGAGCAGGGAAAUUAACCCCGUGCUCGCAGCAGCACCGCUGCCCUUCAACAGCAGAGCCGCCUGUGGAAGUUCUCGCGCUCAGCCCCGCCACCCUGUCCGACAACUCACUGGGCCUCUUUUGUGAAACCAGUCAGUCAAACCAAAUGGAGCCCACUAAGCUCAGCCCCCCAACCCCACUCUUGUCCUGCUUCCACCCUUGUUGCCAUAGCCCGUCUGACCACACGCCAUGAUAUCGUACAUUAAGUGUUUUUGUCUCAGUAGUACAACGGUGUAAGACCUGGAAAUAUUACACACAUUUAGUAUUAACAGCUGAGCUAAUAUGUAUGGUACAUAUACUAACUUGCUUUAUAAACUAUGUUAAAGAUUGUUUUAAGCUGUCUAACAAUCUCCUUCAGAUCAGGGUCAAAGAGAAUUAAGGGAGCAAAAGGCUAAAUGACAAAGACACUGAUUUCAACUCCCCUACUACUGCACUGCUCCUGAUUAAACAAAGGCUCAGUAGUGUAAAGGCUGCAUACAAAACAAGGUAAACAGACAGGUAGGAUGGUGUUCAUCUGGAUUGAAACUUAUCUGAAGUCUACUCUCUUAUAAAACUCAGGAAAGACUCCUAUUGACAAAUCUAAGCAAUAUCUGACUUAUUACUAAAGGAAUACCCUUUAACAUCAGCUCAAGUCAGAGAGGA